AUGAAGCAAACAGCAGACAAAAAGAGGAGACAUGUUGAGUUCAAUGUUGGCGACUGGGUUUUUCUGCGAUUACAACCUUACCGCCAACAUACCAUCUUUCGUCGCACCUCCAAGAAGUUGUCCACCAAAUAUCACGGUCCAUUUCAAGUGGAGGCAAUAAUAAGGUAUGUUGCGUACAGUUUAUCAAUACCAGAAGGCGCUAAGGUGCAUCAUGUCUUUCACGUGUCAUUGUUUAAGAAAUUGGUGGGAAAUGGAGAUCUAGUGAUGGAAAGUCUACCACCAAUUAAAGGCAAUGGUAAUUUGCGCCUCGAACUAGACCAGGCGCUCGAGCAUUGGCAAGUACAAGAAGGCCAACAAAAACGCCCAGAAACCUUGGUCAAAUGGCGUGACUUACCUCUCAAUGAUGCCACUUGGGAGGAGACUGAACAGCUUCACAUGAGUUUCCCCACACUGAAUCUUGAGGACAAGCUUCAUUUUGGGGAGGAGAGUAAUGAUGGAGUUCAAGAACCAAUCACAAGGACAUCGAACAAGACAAAGAAACCAAACCUCAAGUAUGUUCAUUAA